AUGGCUUGGGUCUUUUAUUUGUGGGUGGUGCCGCUCCUGUCAGUGUUGGCGGACUCCAUACCCGAUGGUGUUCUGGACAUGGAGUGUCGCGAUCGUUCCUUCGUGAUAGCCGUGGACCUCUCAUUCGCCGGGGAUGAUGCUAGUUUUGAGGCUGUCGACAUGACAGGCACUUACUCCAUCACCGAGGCAUACGCAGCCAAGUGCGGGUAUCGCGUCUCAAGCUCCCCAAUGAGCGGUCGCCUAGAGUUGCACGCAUCCUACUUCAGCUGUCACACAGACAAGAAGGACAGACGGGUGUUCACAUUCCGCUUCAACCUGGUGGUGAAACAUGACGAUGAGGUAGUCUACGCGCUGAACAAGACUUGCUCCCCGUCCCUGGAAUGUUCCUUACGAGAAGUCUCCUGCGAGCUCAACUACAUGGAGGUGUCUGUGAGGAACCAAGUCUUGUGUGCAUCCGGGAAGGAGGGCGACAGUUGGAACUUUAAGGGCCCUACCAGUGGCUCCUCUACUUCUGAAUGGCUAGUGAUGUUUCAGAGGGACGAGGAACAGAUGGUGCCCAUGAGCCUCUCCGAUGCCCGCGAGCAAGGGUAUACGUUUGACAUGACCGACGAGAGGCUCGUGUUCCGCUCGCCGUACGGACAGCCGGAGUCGUUCGUCGCUAUGGUGAACAACAUCCCUGUGGAGGUGGUCCAUGCUACUCUGUUCUCUAGACAACGCUGGUUGGUCAUCAUGAUGGACCUGGUGGCCGCCUGUUCCAUGGACCAAGGCACUUAUGAGGACAACGGUCACAUGGUUUUCCAGACUCCCGAGGCGCCCUAUACCGGUCCCGAUAUCGCACGGAUCCGCGUCGGCUUUGACGGCACUUUUCAGGAUGGUGCUGAUGUGGCGGCAGCGAACGACACGCUCGAGAUUAGAAUCCCCUUGGAUGUGAAGGGUGGACUCAGGAAGAGCUUUGCUAGUGGCAGUCUUUACGAGUUCUACACCUUCAACAUCUACCUGGAGCAAAUUUUUGAGGACGAGGAGGCAGAGACCAGACUGCGCCUUCGCCGGAUUCUGACCACGCCCCUGCUGCCACGCCCUCUUGUCACCCAAAAUGAAAGUAUCAUCGAGGAGCGAGUCUUUCAGGUCCACCUGCUUGAUGUGCCCGAGGACGUCCGCUUGGUUUCGCUCCAGCUCAACGGACACGAGGCGCCGUUCACAAACUCUUGUUCGGUUGCCGACGUGGUACAACCCAGCCAGGGCCACGGCUACAGGCUUAAAGUGUCGUUUGACCACCCGGCUGUUAUACAGCAGUACUACGGCAUGUACAGAACUAUGCAGUACAGUUUGGACAUCAAUUUCACCCUGAGCGUAAUGCCCGAAAACGAGCUUUUCUACCACUCAGUGAGCGUCACGUACAUUACAUCUGAUUUAGCUCCACCAGUCUUGGAUGCAGUUUGCUCAGACUCUGGCAUCCGCUUCACGGCAGACCACUGGGCUUUUGACUUCCUGUGGUCCCUUGGCGUGGGCUCCGACACGCUGACGCCAGAGCUGGCAAGGCGGCGGGGCUACCAGAUGAGCAACGAUAGCCAGAGACUGCAGCUGGAUGUGCCGGUCUACUCGCAAGGCUUUCAGUACAAGGAAAUAACCCUGAAGCAGUUCUUGGGCACUUUUGAGAUCUUUGUACAAGAGCAACAAACGUCAACUGUUCAGAGAACCAUCACCAAGACUUGUCCUUUUCCAACCUCAGAACUUAUUGUGUGCUCUACUGAUGGGAGGAUGACUGUGGUGGCAGACUUGUCUGAAAUCACGCCAAGUGGUGCAACCCCAGCUACAAGCCACCUGUUGGGGGCUUUAUGCGGGCCCGCGGAGGCCGACAACACCAGGGCGCUCUUCUCUUUGCCGCUCAAUAGCUGUGGCUCCAAAAUCAAGCUAAGGGAGGGUAAUGUGAUCUAUCAAAAUGAGAUUUUCUACACAAAGGACCCGGAUGACUUGGAGGAUACCGAUAAGAGGUUGGUGGUGCAAUGUUCGUACCCACUGGAGGGCCUCCACAGGCUCUUCUCAAUGUACAGAUUUGAGUCAGACAACCCCGGCCUGGGUAGCAUCUUCAGCAAACUGGCAGGGGGAUUCAGGACCACAGCUCUUCCCGGUCCUGUCACGACCACAAAAGCCCCGACAACCCCCGUUGCCCGAAGGACCAGCGCCGCUCCAUUCAUAAAGCGGUUGGGCUCCAAUCCUGGUGUUCGCUACGUCCGGGUGUCUAAACAUGGCAGAAAAGGUUAA